CCUCGCUCGCUUCUUCUCCCGUUGCUCGAACCACAGCUCUUCUUCUCCGUCGUGUGCUCCGCUCGACCAUCUCGUUUGCUCGCUCGAUUCUUCCCCCGUUGCUCGAACCACAGCUCUUCUUCUCCGUCGUGUGCUCCCGCUCGACCUUCUCAUAUGCUCGCUCGAUUCUUCCCCCGUUGCUCGAACCAUUGCUUUUCUUCCCCCUCGUUUGCUCGCUCAGACGCGCGUCUACCCCUCUAAUCAGUCUUUUUUCCCGUAGUUCCCUCGGCUGGUCCGGUCUGUUACCCCACUCCGGCUGGUGCGCUUGAGGACCUUCGUUGUGAAUUGACUGAGAGUAGCUUCUUCGGCCUGCCUGAUCUGUACGCGCACUUCAGCUGGUGCGAUUGAGGUUUGCUCAUUAAGGCCAAAGAGAGGGUAGUAGUCUGCCUUCCGCGGCGAGGUUGGGGUUUUGGAUGAGAGUAAGUCCUGCGGCCGGUCUGGUCUGUUCGCGCACACCAGCUGGUGCGCGAGGUGCUUGCUCUUGCAUUUCAAAGCAACGGCAGUGGUGGGGGAAGAUGUCGAUGUCGGUCAUGGCCCGGAGGCUCGGGGGAGUCGCACCCCGACGUGAUACAGAGGAUAUAGAGCUUGGUUCGGUCGGUUCGGCCGAACCAAGCUCUACAUCCUCUGUAUCAGUAGCAGGACGACAGUAAUGUAAGGCGACGAAAACGACUUUGGUUCGGUGGGUUCGGCCGAACCAAAGUCGUUUUCGUCGCCUUACAUUACUGUCGUCCUGCUGCUGAUGGGGAUUAUCCUCAUCACAAGUUACUCAAAUUACACACCCGGUUCUGGAAAUGUACACAUCUCCACAGAUGACGAUGAUGAUGAUGCAGCCAACCGAGUAGAAUGUCCGAUCAAUGUGUGUGGAGCGAUACCCAUACUUAAACAGCUCUAUGGGGAAAUAAUGGGUCGCUCGCUGCAUAUGGGUCCGGAGAGCUGCGGAGUUGUGUCCAAGCUUCGCGAAGAAGGCAACGAGGUGUGGGGCAUUCAACCCCACACCUACGUAAUGCAUGGGCCCCUGCACACCAUGUGCAGAGAGCUCAUAAAGAAAGGUGUUGUCCGUAUUGGGGAUCCUUCUAGGAUUCCCUAUCGGGCGAAAUCAUUCUCGUUUGUGCUAGUAACUGGCACCCUGGAGCCGAUGAACUCAAAAGAGCUGAAUCAAACUCUGCGCUAUUUGGCUCGUGUUACCACCCACAGGCUGGUGGUGAUAGUAGGAGACGGAGGAGACGGAGCAGGAAGGGCAAAUGUCGCCGGCAAAGUCCAGAAAACACCCAAGCCUCGUAGCAGGAGUUGGUGGCAACGGCGAUUGCAGGGUGUUGGAUUGGAGGAAGAUGAGGACCUCGCAAGGAGGUUUCAAACUCUUCAAGCCGCGACGACGUUCAAAACGUCCUCCAACAUAUUCCACCUGCGCGUUCCCCAUAGCGAACAGCAUUAAAUCCAUCAUCAACAACCAAUGGAUGGA